CGCCCUUUUCCUCGAGGAGAUCUUUCUCAACGUUGCUCAAAGUUUGAACCGUAAUCAUCUUUGUACAUUAGCGAGGGUAUGCCGUGCGUUCUUGGAGCCUGCAAAUGACAUCAUAUGGGCCGAACUGCCGUCUUUUCUUCCUAUCGUCCUCAAUCUACCAAGCGACCAUAUCCAAUGCUUCAAGGAGGUCUUACGCAGACACGAGCAUAUACUUCGCGUAGUCCUUUCUCAUCCCCUCAUGGAUUCGGAUUGGAUGGUCAUUCGCUCGCGGACGAGCCGCGUCAGGCGUCUUUGUGGUCAACUCGACUGUGAAAUCAUCAACAAUCCUCGUUUUAUUGAUGAUGAAGUAUUCAUUGCGUUGAACCAACCUCCGAAACCCGAACCGCUCUUCACGAGAUUGGUCACGAUAGAAUGGCGAAACUUUUGGCCCGUUUCGCACAUGCUGUUGCGUGUCGCGGCAGGACCCUCCGUCCUCCAUCUUUCUUUUCCAGAUUUUACAGAGCGCUUUCACGACGACCUCUUCUCUGAUAUGGGAGAAGAAUGUACAGACACACUCUCUAAUCUUGCCACCUUGUAUCCUUCUGUCACAUCCUUCAACCUUAUCAACCCCCCAUCCAUGCCCGUGCUCGUGCCUCGGCUCUCAGCGGCAGUGGACUGUUGGCCAAACCUAGUCUCCCUCACGUGUGGAGAACUCCUCCCGGACGUCACGCACCGUCUGUUGUAUCUCCCCUCUCUACGCAGUCUCACGAUUCGCCUCCCCGAGAAUAUCUAUCAAGGCGAGUCGGGCGCGGACGCAGGUACAACUGACCAACCGGCCACAGCAACUUUACGUUAUCUUCAUCUCACCGGUGAUCCCGAAGACACCGUCCGCUUCUUAACGAAAUUCCCCCAGAAGCUGCUCACCCAUACGCUCGUGCUUAAGACACAGGUAGCCGAAUCACCCACAGAGUUAUUGCCCCUCUUUGAAGGCGUAUCGACCAUGUUCUCCCCUCAACACUUGGAGGCCAUCACUUGGUUCGGUGACGCGGACGUCCGUGAAUUUGAAGAUAGCGACACCUCUCACUAUCAUGUUGCGUGGUUUUUACAGCCGGCUAUGACAUUCCACUCCAUCGAGCCGCUCCUCGCUUUCGACAACCUAGUGAGCGUCGAGCUCCAGACGUGUCGCUCCAUCUCGCUCUGCGACGCCGACCUUGAGCAGAUGGGGCGAUGUUGGAAGCAUCUCAGGAGCCUCAUGCUAGGCUCGCAGAGAGGAUGGGACAGUCUAAACGAACUACCCACCGUCUUCGGCCUCGCCACGCUUAUCGAACUCCUUCCGGACCUAGAGACGCUGGCCAUUUCACUCAACGGUUAUCAACUGUCAAGCAUGGAUGAUGAGGAGAUUGACACACUCCGCGCAAGGUGCAGUCAGGCGAGUCGGUCUCUACGUUCCUUGGACUUGCUCGACACGAUGUUCGACGAGAGCGCUACAAUAGCAGCUAAAGCAAUUGCUGCUGUCGUUCCCGAGGCCUGCGAGGUGGACGCAUGGAACCCGCGCAGCUUUGGCAUUCAGGAAAGGUAUGGUUAUGAGUUUGUCUCGCAGUACCAGCUGGAGUGGGCGAGAGUGGACGAGCGCUUGAAAAUGCUACGUGCAGGAUACGAUAUCUAGCGUGUACGACGUAUAGCCCAAACAUAUAAAUCGUCUCGAUAUCCAUGUGGCCGCGUUAUGCCGGGUGUUAUCCUGCUAAACUCGCUUACUUAUUGCACGUUUUCACGGCUCUUCAUUUGCCCCUAUAACUAUGA